AUGUCCCUUUCUCCAGAUUGGCAGCGAGGCAGUAGCCGCCAUGACAAAGAAAUCGAAAGAGGCAAGAGCUCUCGCGGCGAGAGUGAGGAGUCUGAGAGCGACUUUGUCUGUCCUGAUACCUCCUCUUCAUUCGCCGCCUCCUCUUCCACCGCCGUCUCCUCUGCUUCUAUCACCGACUCUUCGUUCGCCGCUUCCUCUUCUGCCGUAGAGCCCUCCUCAGUCGCUGCCAACCAAGACGAUGAGCUUCCUGAUGACGACGAGAUCCCUAAUGAUGACGAGAUCGCUGCUCGCGUGGCACGCCUACCACCAAACAGAGAAAACAACGUAUUCUUCGGCUUCAUAAUCGAGGACGAGGGGAAUCUUCCGGACCAAGUGGUUUCGGACGAAUCCAUCCAGCUUUUUCGCGACACCACACUGCCGACCUUCCCACAGCGUGACUACCAGGGCCUCAACACAGCCUUCGCUCUCAAGCAGGGCAUCGGACGGGCAAGAAACCGGGCAAGCUCCCGAGGCAUGAAAGCUCCGAGGAGCACAAGGUGUUCGCCCGGAUAG